AUGGAGCCCGCCGCGGGGCGCGCUUCAGCGUCGAGCCCUGCGGAGAGUUCGCAACGGAGGGAGCGAGCCGCAAUUGCAGCCCAGGCAUGCGAAACGUGUCGCUCGAGGAAGUCGAAAUGUGACGAGCAGAGGCCCAAGUGCGGCCUGUGCCGGCGGCUCAACGUCGAGUGUCAGUACAGGGAGCCGCAGCCCACAAAGAAAGACAAGACGCUGGUUCAUAUUCUGGAUACGCUGAACACCAUGAACGGCAAGCUUGAUGUCAUUGGCAAGACUGUUAGCCCAAACAGCUUCGUCUUCGAUAUGAGCUCCACAAUGUCACCUACCAGUCAGCAUUCGUCGCUUGGCGCAAUGGUUACUGCACCUGAGCGCGUGGGGCAGCCUCAGAGACCUCGUCUCUUCCCUCACUCCCAGACAAUGGACUCGGAGAUACCACAGGCUUACGAGCAUCUGACCACUCCGCACAAGAUCCUGCUCUGGCCGUACAUCUAUAUGCAUCUUACGGCAGCAGGCACGGACAUCCAGGUCGAUCUUGAGUACGUGUUACAAGAAGGAACUCCAUGGUUCCUAAGGCAAGAGAUGGCAAUGCAUCCCAACAUACUCCCCGCACUGCCUUCCUUCGGCCAAGGAACUGGCGAACAAGUCCUAAUAUUCAAUGGUCAGCCUCGAGUGUUGUUCCCUAAGUUAACUUAUGAGAUCAUGACAAACUACACGACGCACUACUUCAGUACAUACAACGUUCUGUUUCCCAUUGUGAACUACAAGGAGUUCAGCCAGGACCUCCUUCCAACAGUAGCGCGGCACGGAUUUGGCGAAGGGGACAUGGAGUCGGUUCUCGUCUUGCUCGUACUCGCCCUCGGCCAGGUCGCUGUCGAAGGAAGCUAUGGCCAACGGAUUGACGUUAACGAGGGUGGUCGGCGCAGCGGCAUACGAGGAGGAACAGCAGAGGUGCCACCGGGACUCGACUUGUUCAACGAAGCGAGGAAGCGACUGGGUUUCGUGAACACGCAGUGCAACAUGGAGAACAUCCAGCUCCAUUUGCUCACCGCCCUGUACUUUGAAGCGACCGCAAGGCAUCUGGACUUCUGGCGCGCAACGAGCUCUGCUGCCCUGGCAUGCCAGGUAACGCUGAAGUGUGAACCAAUGGACUGGGACUCACCGAAGGGAUGUCAAAUGAAGAGAAUCUACUGGUCCGCCAACUUGAUUGAGAAUUGGUAUCACUUCGACCUCGAUCUUCCGCGCACCGGCAUAUGCGAUCAUGAAGAUCAGGUACCACUUCCCGGGGACAAUUUUGAAGAGUCUCGGCAGGAAAGCCAGUCGAUGAUGUGUUUCCUUGCCAUGAUUGCGCUCCGCCGGCAUAUCAGCCGUAUACACCAGAUUAUAUACGAAGCGUCGUCUUCGAGGGCCGAGCAGAAUGAAGACUACGGCGGCCCACCAGUCCACGUGAUCCAGGAACUGAGCCACCAGCUGGACUCCUGGCGGCACCUGCUGCCAGCGGCACUGCAGUGGAGCGACGAAGAGCGCUUCGCCCACCCGGACGAUGGCACGCCGCACAACCCGAAGAAGAUGAUGUUCGUGCCGGACGAAGGACCAGGUCGGGCGGCCGACUACCGCUUCAACAUCGAAAUCUCCACCGCCCAGCUCCGGUCCAGAUACUACUACGCCCGCUUCAUGAUGUACAGGCCGUUCGUCUACAAGGCCAUGCACUUCCCGGAACUCAUGACCGCUGCGGAUGCCGGAUACGCGGGUGCAUGUCUCCAAGCCGCGAUGCUGUGGCCGAUCUGCAUGUCGCCCUGCCGCGACCGGAAGAGGCUGCUGCCCGUGCUUUUCUCGUGGACGCAGAACUUCCUCGGCGUGCUGCUCAUCCUGCGCACGACCACGGAACAUCCGGCGCUGAUACGUAUCCGCGAGCAGUACUGCGACGAGGAGGAGUUCAAACUCACCGUCCUGCUCCUGCUCGACUGGAUCAUCGACAUGAAGCAGAUGGAGGGGAUCGGCGCCUGGGGCUGGAAGGUCUUGAAGCAGCUGUAUCCGGACGCGUUGGAAGCUGCGGGUAGGUUUGCGUCCUGA